CAUGUGACCGGGAACCGUCGCCUCCCUCUCCUCCCCCCUCUGCUCCCACUUUCGUCAGCUGUUGCCAAAAGAAAGGGAGUUUUAGGCGGGAAAACGGCGGUGCUUGCUCGCUCGCGGCCGCGCGGCCUCCCGCUUCGGCUGUGCAGAGAGCCGGGACGCGCCAGACGCGGUCGAUUUUCUUUUGUAGGUACAUCCAGCUUUAAAGGAGAAAAGAUGUAAAGCAAACUGAAUACCUUUGUCUACAAUUCUGUCUGAUGUUCUGAGGUUUCUUUCAUACAACUGUCUGAGAAAGGCACUACACUGAAAACAUCUAUGAGCUCUUCAGAGUUGGUGCUAACUUCUGACCACCCCUGCCCCAACACAGAUUUCCUUUUUUGGGAAAUGAUUACUAGCUUCUUAACUGGCUACUUUAAAUGAACUUUUAAAAUCAGUUUAGCCUGCAGACAUUGUAAGGAUGUUGGGUGCAUGUGGCAUGCAGAAAUGUCAUCAGGAGGCACUGAAAAAGAAUCGUGUAUGUCUAGCAAACCAGCUAAUACUGAAGGAACUGAUGGAAUACCUUAUAGAACGGGAUGUCAUCACUGUGGCAAUGAUGGAGACAAUACAGGCCAAGGAUGGAAGUUUUAGCCAAAAUACAGAAUUCCUGAACCUACUCCCUAAGAGGGGUCCUAAAGCCUUCUCAGCCUUUUGUGAAGCUUUACGAGAAACCAAACAACAGCACUUGGAGGAAAUGCUCUUAAGCACCAUCUCCAGCCAUGGCAACGGGACUGCAACGCUCACUCGUGGCUACGGAAAAAGUCAACCAUUUUCUGACUCUGAAUCUGGAAUUUCACAAAAAAGGCCACGUUGGCAUCAUGAGCUAAUGGAGCAUUCCUUGGAUAAUGGAGACGGCCCCCACUAUCCUCAGGUGAAGCCAUGCACCCCAGAAUUCUAUCAUGCUCAUGAGCACUUGGCAUACAAGUUGAAAUCACGCCCACGAGGGCUCGCUUUUAUACUUAGUAAUGUGAGGUUCAGCAAUGAGACAGAUCUGGAGUUCCGUUCUGGUGGAAAUGUAGAUUACGCUGCCCUAGAUAUGCUCUUCAAACACCUUGGGUACCAGGUGGUUGUACGACAUGACCAGACUGCAGAGGAAAUACAGGAAGAAUUGGAAAAAUUUUCAAAGCUUCCAGCUCACAGAGAUGUAGAUUCCUGCAUAGUGUCCCUUCUCUCACAUGGCAUAGAGGGUGGAGUCUAUGGAGUUGAUGGCAGGCUCGUUCAGCUGCAGGAGAUUUUCAGACUCUUUGAUAAUGCAAACUGCCCUAAUCUUCAGAAUAAGCCCAAAAUGUUCUUCGUUCAAGCAUGCCGGGGAGAUGAGACAGACCGUGGAGUGGACCAAAUAGAUGGAAAUGAGCGUGCUGACUCCCCAGGUUGUGAAGAAAGUGAUGCCAACGAAAAUCAGAAGUUGCGACUUCCCACGUGCUCUGAUAUGAUCUGUGGAUAUGCAUGUCUGAAAGGUACAGCUGCUAUGAGAAAUACUAAGCGUGGAUCCUGGUAUAUAGAAGCUCUUACCACUGUGUUUGCUGAAGACUCCAGAAAUAUGCAUGUGGCUGACAUGCUUGUGAAGGUGAACAGAUUGAUCAAGCAUCGAGAAGGCCAUGCCCCUGGUACAGAGUUCCAUCGUUGCAAGGAGAUGUCUGAGUAUAGUAGCACUCUCUGCCGAGACCUGUACCUAUUCCCAGGACUAUAUCCUGGGAAUUAGCCCUCUCUUCCUUGCUCUAAGGGGCCUGCUUCCCCUAAAGGCAAACAACUUAGAACUCUGUGCAUUGACCUUCCAGUAAAGGUCUAGGGCUGCACUUUUCUCAUAACAUUUUCUGUGAGAGAGCUUCAAAGCACAGCAGAAAGGUAGAAUGAUGAGCUGUUGCGUAUGGUCCCUGCUUUCAUUUCUGAGUUUUCCUGAUUUUAAUGAAAAUGUGAUGUUUAUCUGAAGCAUCCUGACCUGUGGAAAGACAAUAUAGAAAUGGUUUGAGCUGCUUGUGCAUGGGAGGCAACUUGAGAUUCCCUCUGAAAUCUCACUGAUCUCAUUAUUGUCGACAGAACUUGGCAACUCUCUGCAACCCCAUUCAGAAUUUACAAUUUUAGGUUUAUGUGCCCAAACCUGGGACCAAUGGGAAGCACCUUAAUUAUUGUUUGUGUGUUUUUAUAGCAAACAGGAAAGUUAAUGAUCAUUCAUAGUACUUUUAUAUAAAAAAGAAACAUGAUUUAAAAAAAAACCCUAAGUUUUAUACAUCAAAUGUUAUGCUUUUAAAACAAGUGCAUGAUGUUUUCCUUGGUUACCUGUACACUUGAAAAAUGUCUAGUUAAGCUGAAAAGGGACCUCAUUUUAAAAAAUGAAGGAUGUGUAGACUAAUAAAGCCAGUUUGGAGUAGAUGGACUAAUACUGAAGUUGUUUUAUAUGGUUAAAUAAUCUGCCCCAUCUGUAGAUGCAGCUGUAAUUUCAGUUUUGUUGAAAAGAAAUGUUGUAUCUACUUGGUGUUUACCAUACAAUCUCUUGAAAAAGGUGAUACAUGUGGGGGGAAGCAUUUUUUCCACAACACUCAGGAUUUAGAAACAGUUGAGAUUAAUAGAUGAAUAUCCAUUCUGCUAGUUUUUUGCUUAUUUCCAAGUAAACAUGCAUAGGAUCGUAUUCCUAUUUUGCUAUCUUGCAGGCAGCAUAAAGUGUAAAUGUAGUUUAAGUUUUUCCUCCUGUAGAAGACUUGGAGGGGGAGUUUUCUACUCAAGCACUUGUCAUCAGUGAAUGGUAAAAUGCAAGCCUAAUUAUAUAGGUUAUACAGUUUUUUCAAUGAGUUACAUACGUAUUACUUCUUAGAACCAAACUGGACAAUUGACACAUUUGCAUGAUCAUAUCCAAUUUUAAUAAACUAAGAUACGGUUGAGCCUUGUACCCCUGCAUUUAGUUACUUUGAUUCUCCAUCAUGCCAUAAGCCAAGACUUCAAUUAACUGUUGUCUUCUCUUCCAUCCAAACUCAGAUGAAACAUGCAUAGAAGUUGGCUUUGUAUCCCUGCAGGUUCCAAAGGUGUUAACCAUAGCUUUACAGUUUGGACAAAAUGGGGAACAGUAGUUAAGUGAAGUCUUCAGGAUUUGAUGGCUAGCUUGUAUACUCAGCAGAACAAAGUGCCAUACUUGCCCACAAGUAUUUGUUGGGCCAGUGAGGGGAAACAGGGAGAAGAAUAUAAUUUGCUAGAGUCGUGUCUAUGCAUUCUUUUCUCCGCUACUGUAACCAGGCCUGUUAUUAAAAGAACUACCUUGAGAAAUAAAAAACAUUUAGAACAUUCAGUUUUAUUUAUACAUAUGUAUGUAAACUGAAGUGGUCCAACAUUCCAAACACCCAGCAUCAGUAGGUACUUAGCUGUAGUGGCAAUUAGCACCUAGAUUUACUGGACCCUAAGCUUAGCAGGUAUCUUUGCACUCCUGUAUCUCUUUUUUGCCUGUAUUUUAAUAUUUUGACUUUUUAUACCCCAAUAAGCCUAGAAUCGAGGACUUAAUGCUUAAACCAGUUCCCUUAGUUUGAAGUAGAUGCUCUUUCAUCUUUAUUGCCCAUUAAGAUCCCCUUUUCCAAGACUUUGAAAAAUAUUUUUAUAGGAUGUUCAUAUAUUUUUUUAAAUAAACAAAUAUAAUUGUUAGGAAAAGAGAGUGAGGGAGAAUAAUCUAGCGAUGGAACAGAAGGCUGGGAUGCAUUGUCCAGUGAAUAUGAAGGUCCUUUUCUUCUUCCCCGAAGUCCAAAUGCUGCAGCUGGAUUGUGUGUCAUGCCUGGAAGGGAGUAAGUGUGGUUUCAGGGCUAACGGGCAGCUCAGGAGGAUAACUCAGGGGUUCUUUCCUCUGUGUAAAAAUAGAAAAAUGUGGCAGAUUUCGUCACAAAUUGGUGCUUGAUAACUGUGUAAGGACAGCUGUCCCCACACCUUGCAAAGGAGAGGCCAGAUCUUUAUCACUGCCACUUUUUAUAAUAAAUGUUUAUAUGUAGACUGCCUCUAUGUGCCAAAAUAAAAAGUGAUUUCAUUUUUCUAA